GGUAGUCGUGUCUUAUCUAUAGUCAUGUCAGUCGGCAACAGUCGUUCUACGUGAAACUUAUAUGUGCACAAAUAAAAAAAUUAUUCAAAUUUCACGGAAAACCGUGUUAACUUAUUACAAAAAAUUAUAGUACAAAAUUAUGGAUGUUGUUGUACCCCUAGGAAGCUUUAAAGUCACACUUUUUACAUUUAUUUUGGUUAGUUAUGUUUUCCACAACCCUACUGAUAGUGAAGCAGUGCAGUUGCUUCAAUCAAAUAUUGAUAUGACUCUAGCUUCUAAUGAAUUAGUGUUUAUAAAUUUCUAUGCAGAGUGGUGUAGAUUUAGUAACAUUUUGAUGCCUGUCUUUGAUGAGGCAGCUGAUAAAAUAAAAGAAGAGUUUCCUGAAGCAGGAAGAGUUGUGCUAGGUAAAGUAGAUUGUGAUAAGGAAAAUGAAGUGGCUACAAGGUUUCACAUCACAAAAUAUCCAACUUUAAAAAUAAUAAGAAAUGGUCAGCCAGCUAAACGAGAGUAUAGAGGUCAGAGAUCUACAGAGGCAUUUGUAACAUUCAUUAAAAAGCAGCUAGAAGACCCUGUCAAAGAGUUUGCACAUCUUAAGGAGCUUACUUCAAUAGAUACUGAUAAAAGGCUAAUUAUAGGAUACUUUGAUAGAAGAGAUCAACCUGAAUAUAACAUAUUUAGACGUGUUGCAUCAAAUUUAAAAGAUGACUGCAUAUUUUAUGUAGGUUUUGGGGAAGCAUCCUUAAAUAUGCAUCCUGCAGGUCAACCUGUAAUAGUUUUUAGGCCUGAUAAAAAAAGAUCUGUUGAUACUGAUGAAACUUAUACAGGAAAUGUAAACAUUUUUGAUGAGCUACAUAUUUGGGCUCAAGAUAAGUGUGUUCCAUUGGUGAGAGAAAUAACAUUUGAAAAUGCUGAGGAAUUAACUGAAGAAGGCCUUCCCUUUUUGAUUCUCUUUCACAAACCAGGAGAUGAUGAAUCAAUAAAAAAGUACAAUGAAGUUGUGCAGAAAGAACUUCUAAGUGAAAAACAAAAUAUUAACUUCUUGACAGCCGACGGUAGAAAGUUUGCACAUCCUUUACAUCACUUAGGUAAAAGUGAAAGUGAUUUACCUCUUAUAGCUAUCGAUAGUUUUCGGCAUAUGUAUUUAUUCCCAAAAUUCGAGGAUAUGACAGUGCCUGGUAAAUUAAAAGCAUUUAUUCAGGAUCUGUAUUCGGGUAAAUUACAUCGCGAAUUUCAUUAUGGGCCUGAUGACGAAGCAGAGUCAGGAAAUGUGAUAAGAAAAGUCACCACGCCACCCGAAAGUACAUUUAAAAAGUUAGGACCGUCGAAAAACCGAUACACAUUACUAAGGGACGAACUUUAAUUAAAAAAAAAAAUUGUUUUUAUAAUGUAAAUCUUAUUUCAAUUUGUGUAAAAACUUUCUCUUAAAAAUAUCAAUUUCGUUAUAUUUUCAAUACAUUUUGACGUGUCUCCAAAGCA